UAACAUAUUUGACGGAAAGCAUGAUCAAGUCCGACAUUUCUAAGGUGUGAAGAGGAUCAAGAAAGAAAGAAACUGACUAAACUGAUAGAAUAUUUAACUUUGUAGACACAGGCUACAGUUCAUCGUUAUUAUAUCGCAGAUAUGGCAACCGAUCCGGCAGGAAAGGGGACGAGGGGUCUGAUGUUCAAGAACAAGGGCAAGGAUGCAGACGAAAUGCGUCGGAGACGAACAGAAGUCACAGUUGAGCUGCGAAAAAAUAAAAAAGAAGAGCACAUGCUGAAACGGCGCAAUGUGCCCACUCAAGACAGCACCGAUUCUGAAGAUAAUGAGAAACCCACUACCCAGUCCCUGGAAACCAUCGUUGCCAAUGCCAGUAGCCCUGAGCCAGAGGUUCAGUUAGGUGCUGUUCAAGCAGCCAGGAAAUUAUUGUCAAGUGAUCGGAACCCCCCAAUUGAUGAUCUAAUUACAUCUGGUAUCCUUCCCAUCUUGGUCAACUGUUUGUCAAGAGAUGACAAUCCAUCUUUACAGUUCGAGGCUGCAUGGGCUUUAACAAAUAUUGCCUCUGGCACUUCAGCUCAAACGCAGGCUGUGGUCAAUGCAGGUGCUGUACCAUUUUUCUUGCAGCUGUUGCGGUCGCCACAUCAGAAUGUCUGUGAACAGGCUGUGUGGGCUUUGGGUAAUAUUAUUGGUGACGGUCCCGAAUGCAGGAACUAUGUGAUCAGCCUGGGUGCUGUCCAGCACCUGUUGACCUUUAUCAAUCCCAACAUCCCACUGCCCUUUCUGCGUAACGUGGCGUGGGUCAUCGUCAACCUGUGUCGGAACAAGGACCCGCCACCUCCAGCGGAGACUAUCGAGGAAAUUCUACCAGCAUUGUGCACUCUUAUCCACCACUCAGAUGUCAACAUUCUGGUGGACACAGUGUGGGCCCUGUCCUACCUGACGGAUGGGGGUAAUGACCAGAUCCAGAUGGUCAUCGACAGCGGUGUGGUCCCCUUCCUUGUCCCUCUCCUCUGCCACCAGGAUGUCAAAGUGCAGACUGCAGCUUUGAGGGCUGUGGGCAACAUUGUCACUGGCACAGAUGAACAGACACAGGCAGUUCUAAACUGCAAUGCUCUGCAACACUUUUCGUCUUUGCUCACACAUCCAAAGGAAAAAAUCAACAAGGAAGCAGUUUGGUUCUUGUCCAACAUCACAGCUGGGAAUCAGCAACAGGUGCAGGCUGUGAUAGACGCCAGCCUCAUCCCUUUGAUUAUCCACCAUCUCAACAGAGGUGAUUUCCAAACUCAGAAAGAAGCAGCCUGGGCUAUCAGUAACUUGACUAUCAGCGGCAAGAAAGAACAGGUGGCCUAUGUGGUUGAGAUGGGAGUUCUGCCCCCCUUCUGCAAUCUCUUGUCAGUGAAGGAUGCUCAAGUGGUCAAUGUAGUCUUAGAUGGGAUUAACAACAUACUCAAAAUGGCUGGAGAGGACGUGGAUCAGAUUUGCCAAAUUAUUGAAGAGUGUGGAGGCCUGGACAAGAUUGAAAACCUACAGAAUCAUGAAAAUGAAGAGAUCUACAAACUGUCGUAUGAGAUCAUUGAUAGUUUCUUCCAGGAUGAGGAUCAAGAGGAAUCACUCCUGCCUCAGGCUUCUCAAGAGGGCUACCAGUUUGACCCCAACGCACAGAUUCCACAGGAAGGGUUCAAGUUUUGACGACUGUUGGUAGACGCAAACUGACCCCAAAGACACUGUACAAAGUAGUGACUGACUUAAGACACUAGACUACUACUUCUUGAACUGGGGAUCGUCACAGGUGCGCGGCACAUGCCAAUUUGUGCUUGAUCCCUGGCCUUCCAACACGUCGCGUCGUACGUGGGCUUCUCUUCCACUCGCUUAUGCGGCACCCUGCGAAGAGCCUGUUGUCCCCUGUCUCCCAUCAAGUUCCCGACACCGCCCAUCUUGUCUGCCAGAAUGUUCUGCUGGCCGCCUUCCGACUGCUCUGCUUGUACCUGGACAGAGCACCGACGAUGACCUUCUGCCUUUUUACACGACCCGGACAACUGACCCCCCGACCCCAACUGGAAAGAUGACUGGACUGACCAAGCCAUGUUAUAAUGAACUGUGAGAGGACUUCACCACGGCUACGAAUGUUCUCUCUCCCCCCACCAUCCCCCCUCAUUUGGUUGGGUCGUUGAGUGUACAAUUUUUGCUCAAUGGGCCUCCCUUCCCAGCCAGCCAAGUGGCACUCGUGCUCUCUCCUCGCACACACGCAUCCUUUGUCCCCUCGGGCUGGGGUGUUGGCUGCUGAUCCAGUGAGUGGGCUCUCUCUUCUGCGUUGGCACACCAAAGAUUUUUGUCUCCUUCACCAUCAAACACCGCCACCACCACCACACAGGACAGGGGGGGGCUCAUCUGGUCAGAGCCUCUGUGUGCCCGUUGUUCUUCCUUGCCUCUUCUGUCAUAUAUUUGCUACUGCUGGAUGAGACGACAGUCACUACUUCUACUACUACGAUUAACGAACCCCCAGACAUCCACCAACUGCCCCACCUCCACAUACCAUCUACCUUGACGAUGACCCUCAGAAGCCUGGACCCAGCUCUCGACCCACCCACAUCCCAGCUGUCAUGGUAUUUCAUGGCGUCAACAGUGUCGGCGCGUAGUGUGACCCUUGGCAAUGUAACAAAGACCCAGGCGAUGACAACAUCGCGAUCGUAUAUAAACUACAACCUGACAACCUUGAUCAGAAAAGAAGGAAAGAAAACACCCACCCCCACCCCCCACCCCCUUCUUCCCCUGGUGCCUCCGCUGUUAGCGAUAUAUUUUUUUUCCUACCAUCAUUAAUUUAUUUAUUUUUAAUCAUUUUUUGGGAGAGCUUUGAAAAUCAUCCUGGUACGCAAAUAAAAUGCCGCUGUGCAUGAAAUCCUUCCUGCGUAGUCAAUGCUGGUGUGUGUACAGUCCACCAGGUGUUAUGUUAUGUAGAAUGUAUCCUGCACAAACUGGGCAAUAUAAUUAACCCUCCAAGUGUCCAGGCUGUUGUGUCACAGCCGUGAGUUUGUCAGCAAUUGAGCUGCUAUCUAGGAUUCACUUCUCCUUUUGUUAAAUCACCAAAUCAGUCCCGUUUCAGUCCGCACAGGAGAGUUCUUUUCCCACAGGGGGCAAAAGAUUGAGGUGAGACUGUAAUGGAAACCGAAAACUCAUCCUGACUGGUCCUGGCAGGAUCUAAAUUAUGUUGAUGGAGGCAUGUGUCAUUUCUUUCAACACCGAUAUUGUGUUUUAAAAAAAGGAGGGUUGCCAUUGCACAUUCUUGUAGUCGAAAUGUUCUUACUGGAUCAACUAGUUUUUGUUAUUUGGUUCACAAGGAACUAAUCAGCCAUUUUCUUUCUACCGCUCGUUGAAAUGCAUACUUUCAAUCUGUAAAAAUAGGUGGACAGUUAUUUUUUUUUCCCUUUUUGCCAAGCCUUUCAGGUUAAGAAAUUAUGUAUACGAGUCAAUUAGAAAUGGAUUUCAAAAAUAGUUUUCCAAGGACUUUUUGUCACUUGACGUGAAAACGAUCAGGAUUCCUUGGUCCCACGUAAUUGAACCUAUGACACUUGGAGGAUUAAUCAUGACAUUAUUCUCAUGAUUUUCUCUGGCUUUUGAACUGAUGUUUUUUCGAACACAAUUAAACCCGGCAUGUGUAACUGCUGCUGUAUUUUGUGCAUUGGCAAUUUGUUUGUUGGUUGUACAGAUCAAUAGAUGAGAUCAGAUGCAAGUCAUAUUUUCAUAAGAUCCUCGUUGUGUCCAUGGUCACGAUGACUCGCUUGUUUUAUUAUUAUAUAUUGCAGUGACUGUCUGGUUUUUGUUGGGGUUUUUUUGUUUUUUUAAAUUGAGUUCCUGGGAAGUAGUGUUGUUGGGUAUUGCUCAUGGGCUGAUGUCAUAUUCUGUUGCCUCUUGUUGGGCCGCUCGCUCAGCACAUCUUUGCAUGCAUGGCUGCUUUAUUAAGCUUUUGACUCCACGUUCUCUCCGGGGGGGGGGGGGGGGGUGCCACUCUCUCAGUCGCUGCGGGGUUUCCUAGAGUUGGGAUGGGGGGAGAUCUCAUCACCAUGAUGUGCUGGUCUCUUGUUUUUGUUGUAGCAGUAGCAAUAAUAAGUCUGUUGUUGUUGCUGGUCCAUGUGAUGCUUAAUUGUGGCUACUGUCUGGUGGGCUCUGGGAACCUCGUGACUUGUGGCACCCCGAGCUCUCUCACUUGACCCCCCCCCCCCCCCCCCCCCCCAUCCUUCCCAGGGAUAGAUUGUGCGUGGGGGGACACAAAGAGAGGGAUCGUUAGAGACGGGGUAGGACUGGAAAUCGAAACUAUUGUACAUUAAUAAUAUAAGUGGUGUGUUUUGUGGGAGGGAGGGGUGGACUGAUCCUAAUUUUGUCUUUCAACAAGUGGGUAUGGAAAAGUGGAGAAAAGCUUGAUAGUUGCAAGCAUCUGUAUAGGCAUAAAUAAUGUCAUCUUUUGUUGCAUUUCUCUGUUCCCCCCGCCCCCUCAUCCGUGAUGAUGUUGGCUUGUUCAGAACAGGAUCUGUAGAGCCGACAUGCCAAGCUAUUUGCUGGACACGUGUCUUGCUUGCUUCUUGAUUUAGGUUUUCUACCACUAGGAUGCAUGUACGUGUAGUUGGUUGCAUUGUAUUUCCAAAAUUAAUUCCUGAGCACUAGUGCUUUUUGGCUGUAAAAAGGAACAAAACGCUCCCGUUCUUGGACAACUUUGGAACUUGAUCAGUAAUAAAAUUUCAUGAAAGACGA